ACAGCCACAAUGUCCAAAGGGCCUCUGAUUCUCUGGCUGGUGAUUGAGCUCGGGCAGCUUUCUCUGACUCCAGCUGCAUCCGAGACUGUCGUCAGAGCGUUUUUGGGUGAGACGGUGACUUUGCCCUGUACACACUCAUCCUGGUAUAACAGAAACAGUGUGUGCUGGGGCAGAGGCCAGUGUCCAAACUCCAAAUGCAAUGACGAGCUUCUCUACACUGAUGGGAUGAAGACGGUCUCAAGGAAGUCUCCAAAAUACCAACUUCGGGGGAGUAUCCGGAGAGGGGAGGUCUCCUUGACCAUCUUCAACACCAACGAAGGUGACGGUGGUGUGUACUGCUGCCGCAUAGAGGUGCCUGGCUGGUUCAACGAUGUGAAGAAGAACAUCCGCCUGGAGCUGAGGGGAGAAAGAAUGUCACGGGCCCAUACCACAGAGAUGAAUGGACCCAAUUACUGGGCUGUCUGACGCCAGCUGUGGCUGUUGUGAAAUAUGCAAGAAGAAGAAAAAUGCAAGACCUUCACCACCUGGAUCCUUAUCACCUACCCCAGACUGUGAGCUCCUCCUAUAAGACCACUUCUGCUUCUCCAGGGAGGGGAGCACAGUUCUUGAGGCACUAGCCUGCUGUGUGCCCUUUUUGUCUGGCAAAGAAUAAAGUUUCUCUGUUUCGUUUUC